AUGACAAUACAUAAUCCAACACCUUUUAUGAAUCCAGUAGCCUCUUACCUCCAACAAUCAUCUAACUUAAUAGCUCAACCCACUAUCCCGGACCCUGUCGGAGAACCGAUAAAGAAAUUGACUUCUUUAAUGGAAGAAUUAGUAGUACAGCCGGGACAUAUUGCCUCUAAAUAUCCUACAGUGAUAAAUAACAAUAAUAAUAAUCAACAACCUUAUGGAACGGAAGGACAAAGA